UUUAAUGAUCUCCCCUUGGCCAGAAGGUGAGGCCUGGCUGCUGCUGGGAAGUGGAUGCCACAGAGCAGCCCAGGGAAAUGCCAGCAAGGUGUCCGCAGGCACAUGACCUUCAGGGGUUCCACAACUGCACAAGAGCUCUCAGAAAAGGGGGGACACUCAGAAGGGCAGGUAAGAGGGUUCACACCAGUGGCCUGCCAGGCCCAGAGGCAGAGUCCAGGGAGAAAGCAGGAAAGUGCUGGUGGUCUCUGGAGUCUACGAGCAGGUUGUGUGUGUGUGUGUGUGUGUGUGUGUGUGUGUGUGUGUGUGUGUGUGUGUGUUACAGAGAGAAAGAGAGAGAGAGAGAGAGAGAGAGAGAGAGAGAGAGAGAGAGAACAGAAAAGUCCAUCACCAUAACACGCAGGCUUGCCCUGUCUAUCUAGGUACCCAAUACAUUCUCAGAAAAAGCUUAGGCCAGGGUGCCCAGGGGUGGGGGCUAAAAUGCAGCCAUGCAGGGAUGAGUCCCGCCUAAAAGCCCCUUUCAUCCCCCCUAAAACGCUGUGAGAAGCUCAGGGGACAUCCGCUAUGCCCUGUUGGAGCCCAGAUGAAGCUCUUUUUGGACUGAAGAUGCCAGAGAAUGUCUGGGAUUGCUGGCAGCAGCCUGGCAGAAGGUCACCUUGAGGAGAGGAGAAAGAGUUUCUUGUCUGUCAGCCUCUGUCAUGGGUAAAGAGAGGAUAGAGCUAAGGAGGGCUUCCCAGUGGGGAUCUGCAGCCUUGCUGGCCCUGACAACAGUUGCUGGUUGCUUUGCUUCAAUCUUUUCUUUCCCCAUCUCCUUUAUUUUAUUUUAUUUUAUUUUAUUUUAUUUUAUUUUAUGGUACAGAUGUUGGAGGGUCUGCUGGGGGUCUCACUGAAAGUGAAGCAAGGAAGGAGGCCUGGGUGCUUUCCGUGACUGCAGAAAAAUCCAGAAAAGGAGUCUGAGCAGGUGUCUGUUCUUCUUAAAAAAAAAAAAGACCAAGACCUCAUAUCAAAAAGGAAGCAAAGAGGGAAGUCAACUACAGACGGACAAGAGAAACACACAGGACAUUCUCAUUCUGGACUAUGGCACCAAGUGAAGCCACCAGCCAGGGGUGCUCAGUUUAUCCUAUGACCUUACGUUCUCCACCUCUGAGGAGUGUGCAAGCCUCUUCCCACCUCUGAGGGGAGACCGUCCGAGCCUCUCCUUGGAGAUGACAUUUUACACAGUGCGGCGCUGUGUGCCUGAAAGGAUUGCAAUCAAACGCACUCCCCUGGCAGACAGGAAGUUCAUAGCACGUGACAGCCAAGCCUUGCACAGCCUAGCCAUUUCCCACAGACUAUAAGCAGGGCCCGCCGGACACACCCAGUGAACCCUUUCUGUGUUGGCACCCCACCUACAAGGGGGCAUACAGUCGGACUGUUUUAUUGCUGGGAUAUUCCAAAUACCCCCAAGAUAUGAAAAUGAGCACCCAGAGAGACACUGUUUCCUGGCAUAGUGUUUGGUUGCACUGCUCAGCAUUUGUUCUGGGUCAUUAAAGGUCCCACUUCAUAUGCUGUAGGCCAACCCUACUCAUGGAAAUUAAUUAAAGAUCCUAGCAUUACCUCUAUGUCUGGACCAACGCCCUCCCGGAACAUGUUUUAUCUGCCUGUAAAUGGAGUUUCUGGUGUCAGCAGAUAGGUAGCACCUUAAGAAGCUCCCUCUUGUCUGCAGUCACAUUCCUCUCUAUGCGAUGCUUCCGAAAACAGGAGAAACAACUUACCUUCAUAGAAAACUGGACACACGUCCUCUCGUCAACUUGGUAUGAGACACAAAGCAUGAACAGUCCAAGGUAGGCCACCACGCAGACCUGCAGCAGGGGACGCAGGAAAGAAACAGGACUGGGUUACGAGGAUGCCAGCAACACACGGCUCAGUCAGUGUCUCCCACAGGGGCCAUCCCUGCUGCCGAACCUUUUCUCUUGCUCGUGACUUGUGUUUCUCUCAACCUGUGAGGCACAACUUUAAAGAUGCAUUUUCGCUACAUUUAACGGAGAGCGUGUUUGUGUGUGCAUGUGUGGGUAUAUGUACAUGAACAUAGUGUUCUCGGAGGCCUGGAGAUGGUGUCAGAUCCCUCAGAGCUGGCAUUGCAGGCAGCUGUAAACCAUCCAACAUGGGUGAGAAACUGCACGCAGGUAGGUCCUGUGGGUGAGCAGUAGACAAGGAACCACAGAGCCGUCUCUGUAGCCCAAUGGGACGUGGCUUUAAAAUAGUAAAGCCAUCAUCUUAACCAGUAUUUAUUAAGUUCCUCUGUAUUCCCAAGAGUCUAAAAGAUAGUUCAGAGCAUAUACAAUGAUAAAUAAAGUCUAAUCUAUUCUAUUAGUGUAUGUCCAAUCAGGGCCAGAAUAAAAUCACACACUACUCUAAGGCAGGACACUAUUGGCUACACGCCACUCAGAGAAUUCUAAAAGGAAUUAAGGCUAAUAGGGAAAUAUGGAGGAUUUGCUUAAAAAGAAGGCUUGAAAUGACCCUUGCUAGUAACAGCAAGAGGCACCUGUAGAGGCUGGAGCUCCUUCAAGGGCUUUCCAUACCUAACUUCAUGCCAUUGUCAUAGAGCCGUAUAAGGUAGGUUAAGUGGGACAAACAGACCCACAGUAGAACUGUAACAAGGUGUAGAGUAGAAAAGGCAUGGUGGAGAUACAAAACACAGCAGGUGGGUGACAAAGAGGUGGCUUGGCUCUCCAGCAGGGAGUGGGAUAGCCUCAGACACAGGCUCUCCAGCAGGGAGUGGGAUAGCCUCAGACACAGGCUCUCCAGCAGGGAGUGGGAUGGCCUCAGACACAGGCUCUCCAACAGGGAGUAGGAUAGUCUCAGACACAGACUCUCCAGCAGGGAGUGGGAUAGCCUCAGACACAGGCUCUCCAGCAGGGAGUGGGAUAGCCUCAGACACAGGCUCUCUAGCAGGGAGUGGGAUGGCCUCAGACACAGGCUCUCCAACAGGGAGUAGGAUAGUCUCAGACACAGACUCUCCAGCAGGGAGUGGGAUAGCCUCAGACACAGACUCCCCAGCAGGGAGUGGGAUAGCCUCAGACACAGACUCUCCAGCAGGCAGUAGGAUAGCCUCAGACACAGGCUCCCCAGCAGGGAGUGGGAUAACCUCAGACACAGGCUCUCCAGCAGGGAAUGGGAUAGCCUCAGACACAGGCUCUCCAGCAGGGAGUGGGUUAGCCUCAGACACAGACUCUCCAGCAGGCAGUGGGAUAGCCUCAGACACAGGCUCUCCAGCAGGGAAUGGGAUGGCCUCAGACACAGGCUCUCCAACAGGGAGUAGGAUAGUCUCAGACACAGACUCUCCAGCAGGAGUGGGAUAGCCUCAGACACAGACUCCCCAGCAGGGAGUGGGAUAGCCUCAGACACAGGCUCUCCAGCAGGGAGUAGGAUAGCCUCAGACACAGGCUCUCCAGCAGGGAGUGGGAUAACCUCAGACACAGGCUCUCCAGCAGGGAGUGGGAUAGCCUCAGACACAGGCUCUCCAGCAGGCAGUGGGAUAGCCUCAGACACAGGCUCUCCAGCAGGGAGUGGGAUGGCCUCAGAUACAGGCUCUCCAACAGGGAGUAGGAUAGUCUCAGACACAGACUCUCCAGCAGGGAGUGGGAUAGCCUCAGACACAGGCUCUCCAACAGGGAGUAGGAUAGUCUCAGACACAGACUCUCCAGCAGGGAGUGGGAUGGCCUCAGACACAGGCUCUCCAACAGGGAGUAGGAUAGUCUCAGACACAGACUCUCCAGCAGGGAGUGGGAUAGCCUCAGACACAGACUCCCCAGCAGGGAAUGGGAUGGCCUCAGACACAGGCUCUCCAGCAGGCAGUAGGAUGGCUUCAGACACAGGCUCCCCAGCAGGGAAUGGGAUGACUUCAGACACAGACUCUCCGGCAGGGAGUAGGAUAGUCUCAGACACAGGCUCUCCAGCAGGGAGUGGGAUAGCUUCAGACACAGGCUCUCCAGCAGGGAGUAGGAUAGUCUCAGACACAGACUCUCCAGCAGGGAGUGGGAUAGCCUCAGACACAGACUCCCCAGCAGGGAAUGGGAUGGCUUCAGACACAGACUCUCCAGGAGGGAGUAGGAUAGCCUCAGACACAGACUCUCCAGCAGGGAGUGGGAUAGCCUCAGACACAGACUCCCCAGCAGGGAAUGGGAUGGCUUCAGGCACAGAUUCUCCAGCAGGGAGUAGGAUAGCCUCAGACACAGACUCUCCAGCAGGGAGUGGGAUAGCCUCAGACACAGACUCUCCAGCAGGGAGUAGGAUGGCCUCAGACACAGGCUCUCCAGCAGGCAGUGGGAUAGCCUCAGACACAGGCUCUCCAGCAGGGAGUGGGAUAGCCUCAGACACAGACUCUCCAGCAGGGAGUGGGAUGGCCUCAGACUCUCCAGCAGGGAGUGGGAUAGCCUCAGAUACAGGCUCUCCAGCAGGGAGUGGGAUAGCCUCAGAUACAUUUUAGGAAACUAAGUAGAGAUGUCUGAUAACUUGUUAAGGGUACUGUGAUACUAUUCAACCAGUCUGAACAAGAUUAGUCUAUUAGGAUUCUGGGUGUGGUGGUCCAUGCCUGUAAUUUGAAUACUCUGGAAGCUGAGGCAGGAGGAUCACUGUAAGGUCCAGAUGACAUUUUGUUUGUUAGUUUGUUUUCUUGCUUGCUUGCUUGCUUGAUUGAUUGAUUUAGACAGUGUUUCUCUGUUUUGCCCUGGCUGUCCUAGAACUAGCUUUGUAGACCAUGCUGGCCUCGAACUCAGAGAUCUGCCUGCCUUUUCCUCUCUAGUGCUGGGAUUAAAGACCUGGGCCACUACACCCAGCUCAGAUGACAUCUCUAAAGAGACACAUCAUGAGCACACUGGUCUGAAGAGAUGUGGAUGGGAACCAGAGCAGUUCUCAAGGAGGUGAUGCUGUACCACAGAAGACGUGAGUCCUGCUGUCCAGUACCACAUGGUGACUCUGGAUGAGACGGACACUGUGCACCUGUGUUUCUCAGUCAGGGAGCAGGUUAUUCUUGAAGGAACUUUUUAAAUUACUAUUUCACUGGUGUGAGUUACUAACACACAAUGGCAGGUCUCAUCAUGACGUUUUUAUACACACACAAUGGUAUUGCUCAAUCAUAUCACCCUCUACCCUCACUGCCCCCCAACUCCAGUGACACCCUCCUUUCUCUUCCCAACCAGCCCCGCUUCUAUUUCCAAUUCUUUAAAUACAUUUUUAAACAAGCCAAUGGAGCACCCGUUCACUCUGCAUCCUCACACGGAGGGCCUGAGGAACCAAAGCAAAGGAACAAAGGCCUUGUUUUGCUCGGCAGCGGCGAGCCAGACAGAACAUUCUGAACUUACUUCUGUCAUAUCCUGAAGCACAUGCCUGGGCUCUCUCCUCGGCUUCUGUCAGCAGCAUCAAGAGUUUCCCCCACGCAACUGUCUUUGUCCCUGGAGGCUGCUGGACAGAAAUCUUAGUUGCCGAGAGUUCCCUCCUUCUUGUUAUGAGAUGCGGGCACUCAAAAGUUCGAGACUGACUGACCGGCAUCUUAAAAGUAAUCACAGUUGCUCCACCCCCAACGGAAAAGCCUCUUUUCCUUAGCUGCCACUCUGUCUGCUUCACUGGGCCUGACCUCCAGCAAGGCACAGUGUAGCAUAGCAAUGUCCAGCCAUGGUCAACAGCAUACUGCCUGUCCUCGACCACCACUGAACUCAGUGACUUACACAGUCUGUGCCGUACUGUUCUCUGACUCUGGGAGACUGAGAGAUGAAGACCACAGGCUCACUCCGAGGCUGACCCAGCCUUCCAGAGAGAGGCUGCAGUACAGCGGAGGUGUGAACAAUAUGUCCGCCGUGCGUUGCAGGUGGCGGAACUGACCUGACAGAGAGGCUCCAGGGAGGAAGAUGGUUGAGGAUGUGUUUGUCAUGCACCUACAUGAAGCAGUUAAAAUUGUAGGGAAUACUGGCCUGGCUACAGAACCUUGUGAAAAUGGAGAAAAAGUCCAAGUUACCCACUUUGGACAAAAAGUACCUCAAAUGUACUUCUUUUAACUUUGGUACAUCAUAUCACGUCAUCACAGGGCUUAAGCAUAUGUUAAUAAGCUGGCUGAGAGUUUGUACCCACAGCACAACUAACAAUUUUUUUAUCUCUUUAUUGGUAGCAUGUACAAGGAUGUUCUAGAAAAAUCAUAUUUAUUGACUACCUCAAGCAGAAAGCUUUAUGGCCACAGGGAAAGGAAACAGUGUUCUCCUGCCAGUCCGAAGGAAGGGCCUGCUUCCUGAGAUGGCAGGGUAUAGGCAUGUACAGAAGACAGGGUGCUCUGGCUUUCAGGCAAAAGAGAGAAGGGCAAGCUCAUGCAUGAAUCUCCUGGACUGGGGCCAGAGCUCCCCUCAUAUCUAUGAGAGGAAGCCCACAGAACACGAGGCAGACAUUAGCAGAGGUGUUUAAGAAGUUACCAGACCAGACCAAGGCCCAAGUGGGCCAGCUGGUACCACACUAUAUAAAACCCACAAAGACACAGGGCCUGAACAUCAGUGCCCAGAAGCAAGAGGGCCUUUGUCUCCGAACGCUUGGAGAGACCAGAUCACCGACUGUAUUGAUAAGAAAAUCUUGAAGUGUUCCUUUGAAUGGAAGGGAGCAAAGGGAAUCACGUUAAUCUAAUUUUAGACAUAUGUGGUGUCUACAAGUUCUUUGCUUCUAACCCCCCUCCCCAUCUAUAGAAAGACCUUUUUGUCUGUAUGUGGUCAAGCCUGCACUGCCUCUUGUGAGCUGGAGAGCUAAGUAGGGCUGGAUUGGUCUCUGAAUGUCAGGUCUGUUUCCGGGAGGAGGGGUCCUGGGUCUUGCUACACGGUGGCUUUGAUUAUUUGACCUAAUGGACUGCAGAGGUGCCUGGUAAGGAACUGUGAGCAGGAGGGAGACCCAACACGGUGAGAUGUUUGUAUAAAUGACUUUCCAAGAUAGUCUGCAAAAACGGGAAUUAUUAUCAUUCCCCUCUCUCGAUGUGUAUAGUCUGGCCUUGUAACAGUCUCACUACCUCAACCUCUUUGUUUCCCUCUUCCCGUCAUUGACAGUGUUGCUACACAGGGGUAUUGGGGGAUACAACCUUCUCCUGCCAAAUACCGUUCGUUAUCUCUCCUCCCUUCUCGGCCCCAUCGAUCACUUGUAAACUGGAAACGUGACUCUAUUUCUGUAACUCUUGGAUGCAGAGGGCUUUCAUCCGAUCAAUAUUGUAACAGGAGGAACUUAACCUCUGCCUACGGUCAUGAAGCCAACGGACCACCACAGAGAGCAGAGGCACUGCUCUCUGCUGCAUCUUCUUGAAGAAAAUCUCUACAGCCGGCCACCCGCAUCCAUGAUCUAAGGUAAACUACUCAGAGUCAUUUUCCACAACUGAUAAAUGUAUUGUAGUCUAUCAGCAUGAUGUGGCCUUAGUCAAGACAGCUGUUAGCAUAUACUGAGCCGGGAGAAUACAUAAUACGAAUCAGCAAGAGAGCCAUUAACAUUGCUUACAGAGUCAAGACUUCAGGAUCGCAGGGGACACGUCAACAUGGUUGGAGGGUUUUCUCUACUCAUUCUCCUUGCCCCUUCCUCAUUAGACAAGGCCGAGAAGGUUCAGAAUCAUCUUACGGGCUGUGCCAUCCUCACAAUUUAAGAUUCAAUAGAUCUAGGGUUGAGACCCAGAAUUUGUAUCCCUAACGAACCCCAAGGCUGCUGGUCCUGGGGCCACAUCCUGAGAACAGGUCUAAGCACAAACACAGCAGCUCCCUGAGUGCCCGAGUGGAAUCUAUCAGAAUGGCGGGACACGGUAUCGAGCCCUUUCUUAUGAGGCGUGAAAACAGAUUUGUUAUCGAUGGCCACUUACAGUGUGUUCAGCCCAGUGUGGAAAUCUUUACAUAUAUUUCUUCCCCCUCGUCCUCUGAGACUUUGGAAUGUAAAAGGUUAGGCGUACAUUUAUUGCAAGAUGAAUUUUUAAUAUUCAUAAUGUAUACACAAUAAAAGCGUUGGCGCCACGA